GAUAGCAGCUUGCAUAUGCCGCCGCCAUAUUCCGUGACAGUAUUUUGAUUCGUAUCUGCUGGAAGUGAGGAAAAAGAGAAAAGUUAAGGGGUUUUGAGGGGAGGGGGUGGACUGAAGAAUAGGAGCUGUCAAAAAGUUGUUCCCGAGUCUCUGUCAAACGGCGCAGAGCUGAGGCUCGGUAUCCCUCCCCUGAACGCUAUUUGGAGGACACUGAAGGCCCGGGGCCUCGGCGCAGUUUACUCUUCGUCUCCCCGGUAGUAACUGGACUCCUCUCGGCUUUUCCUCUCCCAGCUGCGCGGCCCCCUGGAGGUCCGGCGGCGGUCUCGGGUGUAGAAGGCGGCUCAGGGAGCGGCGGGUAGUGGCAGGAGAGGCGCAAAGAAGGUGUUCAAGAUGAAGGCGGUUUGCUGCCACGACUGACGCCCCAGGGCGCUGAACAGAACGAGCAGUACCGACCUGGCAACAUACGAAUGGCCCAGGGAAGCCACCAGAUUGACAUUCAGGUUUUGCAUGACCUGCGCCAGAAGUUCCCAGAAGUCCCAGAGGGUGUUGUCUCCCAGUGUGUUCUGCAGAACAACAACAAUCUAGACGCCUGCUGCGAAUACUUGUCCCAGGUCAGUCCGGGCUACCUGUACAGCGAAGAAGGAAACCUCAGCAACGACCCCGGCUUUGACAGGCUUCGCAAACACAUGACCCAGCUGAACCUGGGCUUGCAGUCUCAGAAUGUGCACGUGGCCCCGAACCAGGACAGCCCGAGAAUGAACGGCAGUCGAACUCUGGCCCACAGCCUGAGCGACGGGCCCCUCCAGAAAGGCCAGGCCCCUAACAGUGACUUCUUUCCGCCGGAGCCCCAGUCCGCCCCAGUGCAGGUUCCCGCCAGCAUCAAUGUGUUUGGUGGCAUGGAGCCCACAAGAAAGCCGCAGCCUCCGCAGCACCUCGGGCUCUACCCUAUGGGGGUCAAAGGAUCCCAGCAGACCCCGCGCUUCAACCCAAUAAGCGUGACGCUAGCACCCCACAUCCAGACGGGCCGCAACACACCCACCUCUUUGCACAUACACGGCGGUCCACAAACAACAAACAGUCCACAGGGUAACUCCAUUUACAUCAGGCCCUUCGUCACCCAGUGUGGUACGACCCGGCAGAACCACCAGCAGCAGCUGCAGGGGGGCAGGGCCCAGUACAGCCCCACCUCCCAGCCGCAGCAGCAGAUCUACCAGAUCUCACACCCGUCUCCCUGGUCUGGCCCCCAGCACACCGCCUCCUCGCAUACCUCACAGCACCAGACACAGAGCCACCAGACCUCUCACGUCUACAUGCCGAUCAGCUCUCCCACCAAUCCCCAGGCGCCCUCCCUCAUCCCCACCGGAAGCCAGGCCUCGUCCUCCGGUGUCUCGUCGUGCUCCACCACCACCUCCUCCACCUCCUCAGUUAUGCCCACCUCGAUGCCAACCAUCAGCCAGUACAACAUCCAGAACAUCUCCACCGGCCCGCGGAAAAAUCAGAUUGAGAUCAAACUUGAAUCUCCUCAGAGGAGCAACUCCACUACUGCCGUGCUGCGGACAAGCAGUGGGCCACGGUCCUCCUCCACGUCCUCCUCCUGCCCUUCCUCCUCCUCGUCCUCGUCCUCUUCCUGUUCUGCCGGGGUAGCCACCGUCCCCACCGCCCCUCUCUCCAUCGGAGGCCCGGGCCUGAGCCGCAGCCAGCCUGUUUACAUCUCUCCCAGCCCGCCCACCGCUGCUACCGCUUCCUCUGAAGAAGCUCCCUCAGUCGGCUCCCGCUUUUACAUUUCUGCCAACGCCACCAGUGACGACAGUGGGGGUAGGAACCCUCCCACAGUCUACAUCUCAGCCAACCCUUCGUUGCAGGGGCCCUCAGGGGCCAGGAACAUGGGGGGCCAGGUGAGCAUGGGCCCUGCAUACAUCCACCACCAUCCACCAAAGUCCCGUGCUUCUCUGGGAGGGGGAGGCACGGCUUCGUCCCCGCGCGUGGUGGUGACACAGCCCAACACUAAAUACACUUUUAAGAUCACCGUGUCCCCCAAUAAGCCCCCCGCGGUGUCCCCCGGAGUUGUGUCUCCUACAUUUGAGCCCAACAACCUCCUCAGCCUACCUUCAGACCACCAUUUCGUGGAGCCCGACCCCCUACAUCUGUCGGACCCGCUUUCGGCACACAGGGAGAGGCCGAGCGAGCCGCGAAGACUCAGCAUGGGCUCAGACGACGCGGCAUACACGCAAGCGUUGUUGGUCCAUCAGAAGGCCCGCAUGGAGAGGUUGUGGCACGAGCUGGAGCUGAAGAAGAAGAAGCUGGAGAAGCUAAAAGAGGAGGUCAACGAGAUGGAGAACGACCUGACCAGGAGACGGCUGGAGAGAUCCAACUCGGCCUCCCAAAUCCCUUCUAUUGAGGAAAUGAAGCAGCUGCGAUGCAAAAACCGGUUACUGCAGAUCGACAUCGACUGCCUCACCAAAGAAAUUGAUCUUCUUCAAACUCGAGGACCACACUUUAAUCUUAGUGCAAUCCAUAACUUUUAUGACAACAUGGGAUUCCUUGGUCCACUCCCACCCAAACCCAAAGGUACUUUAUCUAUCGAAGGGAACAGACGUAGAUAUAAUGUGACUUCUGAGCUCAUGAUGGAGCCCUCCUCUGGUCCUCCCCCUCCUCUCUCAUUUGACCCGGGCAGUAAGAUUGUGAAGCCCAUCGCAGACCAGGAGGAGGACGAGGGGCUGCAGUGGAACUGCACCGCCUGCACCUUCCUCAACCACCCCGCCCUCAACCGCUGUGAACAGUGCGAGUUCCCCCGGCACUUCUGAGCCAACGAGGGUGCGCCGGGCUGCCGCCCGCCAGACCACAAUAGAGAGAGAAAAGGGCGUCUCUUGUUUCUUCUGUUUUCGCUCGUCGUAUGAAAACUCUGGGUGGGGAGGGGGUGCGUUCGUUUGGUUUUCCUUCUUCCCUCCUCUCGACGGUUUGGUAGUGCUGUCAUUGAAGGCUUGACUGGACGGUGUUCACGGUGGAGUGAGACAAUACCUCACCUUUAGAGACCGGGAAACCGCGGGGUCGAGUCCCCUAGGCGGGUGACACUUUUCCCCCAUGGAUACCUCGCUGCUGCCACUUACAGUAUUACGAGUGUGGCCCUGCAGUGUGACGGCACACAUACACACGACAUACACAUCAGCACAUAAACAAACACACGCACACAAAACAGGUGCAAAUGUGCCUUUUUCUAAUUACAUUUGAGUUUUUCUCUGUGGUGGCAUGAUCAGGGAAUUGGGAACUGUGUUCAGCCACUGCUCUCCACUUGAAGAGGAAACUAACAGACUAACCGUGGGACUGUUUUAAAGUUUGUGUUUUUGUUUGUUGUUUUCAAGAGGAUGGUCAAAAGGGGGGAACCAGCAGUGCAACCUUAAAUGUGCCGCUCUCCCUCCCCUCCUUCAGCAUCCCCUUUCCUGUCUCCUCUCUCCUGAGAUAAUGAAAACAGGUUCUAAGUUGCAUGCGUUGUGUACAGUACACGGAGGCGAAAACUGUACAUAAUUUUUAGAAUGUGCCCUGAAAGCCAUCUUCCUCACACUAUGAAUCACAUGUAUUUCCUGUAAGUAUAGCUUUAUAGACUUUAUUAACUUUUUUUGUUGUUUUUUGUCUCGUUUUGCUUCCCUCUUUCAAACAAAAAUAAGCAUCGGUCUCCCUGAAAAAAGGAAAAGGUUUUUGGGCCUGAUUUCUGUGAGAGUUGAAGCCUUGCAGAAGGAGAGGAGCAUAGCAGUUAGAUUGCCGUCACCAUUAAGCCACAUCCGCCCCGGGGCUCAGCGCACGUGUUAUCCCUACGUCGCCUGUGUACAAUCUGCAGGUGCAGCACAAAAGAAGGCAACUGAGGAUUUUCUUUUUCUUUUUUCAAGACGUCACAUUUAAACUGUUGGGGGUUGAGGAGGAGGAAGGGGGUGUUAUUGAGCAAAAAUUACAACCCGCCAUCUUCUCUGACAACUGGAAUGUAGGUCUAAUAUUUUGGGGACAACUACACCUUUGUGCAAAGAGACACUUGUUUUUCCAGAACUAUCAGGAAGUCACUGCAGCCUGUGGAGCGUCUGAUUAGGUGAAAGGUCUCUGUGUCACUGUCCAUCCAUAUCUGUUUUUUUUUUCUCUGGGAGGUAACCAUAAAGAUCAAAAGUGAACACAUUACAGUUUAAAGUAUACCUAUGAUGUAGAAAUAUUCAUAUGGGUGCCAUGUUUUUUUUCUACACAGACCAGACACAAUAGUUCCAACAUGAUGGAAGCAGACAACAUGACUGUCCACUGUAUGUAUACUCUUAUUUGUAUUUGGCUCAUUUCAUCCUUCCAAGCGUUUAUUGAUGAGGGUGUUUCUAAAGUUUACCUAUUGUCAUUACUUUACCUUAACUAUGGAGUAGUUACUUUGUUUUUUUCCACACUUGAGAAAUGUUGCCUUGUGUCAGUGCCUUAGGACCCAUUGAAUUUGUAUUGAUUUAUCUAUUCUGUCACAUCCGAGUGCCAUUUUUAAAACCAAAAUUUUCAUAAUGUUUAAACCCAUAUAAAAGUAAAAGAUGGAUUAUUGUCUCUUAAGCACUUACAUCAUACUUUUAUCUUCAUUUUGUUUUGUUUUUCCGAUCCAAAGAAACCAGUUUUCAGCUUUGUCUGCACCAUGGUGUGAAGAGGCAGUUCAUUCUUGUUUUAUUGAAUGGAAAAAAAUAAUUUGGAUAUCUAAAGUGUUUCUUUGAUUUUUAGCUGGGAAAACUGUCUUUGUAACAGAUAAGUUAUUUGUAAAAAUAAUUAAAAAAAAUCUAUUCUGA